UGGACAUACUUUAAUGUCAGCCUUGGACUUGUGUCCUGUCCAAUCAUCAAGAUUUCUAAACAUGCCCUUCUCUGCAAUGCUACGGUAUUGAUUGAACACUUCAAAGAGCUAAUGAACAUCUCCUUGAACAACUCUGUCCGUGAGACGAUAGACUCAGCUCGCUUUAAUCCGUUCAAUAACUCCCAUUCCAUAAAAUACCAAGUGAAGGUGCAGAUUGGAAACUACCAACAGGAUCUUGGUCACGUCUGGGUGUCGCUGGCAGCCCCUGGGAUCAUCGCUAAAGCAAAGUUCAGUCUGUUUCUUUUGGCCACCAUGUCAGCGUGGGUAUUUCUUGCUGUAUGUGCUCUCCUCGUCAUGACGUCAGCAUUGGUGCAGCUCAAGAGAGGGGCACCCGCUAAAAGUUUGUAGAUAUCUUGAUAGCUGUGUUGUUUAUUUAAGUCUUUGUGUCUGUGGCCUGGGUAUAUCGUAAUGAACAAACAGUUCAAGAAAUGUUUGUGUACAUAUAUUUAUUUUUUUUAAUCUGUUCAUCUGCCAUGGUCCCAGUUUUUCGGUUUAUGUACAGUACUAGGCUAAUUUUUAAAUGUUUUGUAUGAUUUAUUCUGUCUUAUCAUGUAUGCUAUGUUAAUGAUUAUAUGGUAUAGUAAUCUAGUACUUUUGAUAAAAAACGUUUCUGAAACGUUAAUUCAAUAUAUUUCAUCAAUUAGGGACAAUAAAAACGUAGAUUAACUGUUAACAUAGGUCAUUAGUCAAAAUGAUCUAAAUAAAACGCGGUUAGGCUAAGCGAGAAUAACAGUAACUUGUUUUUUAUCAGUAAUUUCCCUUUAAACCUAAUCUGACCAUUUUUCAGCUUUGGAAAGUUAGCUUCAGAACACAAAAAUUUAGGGGGGGGGGGUGGUUCUUUUUUUUAAAAUUAAAUUUUCCUUUAAAAUGGCUUUACAGCAAAGUUUAGAAAGACUUUCGUUAUUUCAUCUGGGCGAUACAAGUACACAAUGCAGUUUUCGUAUAGCUCGUACUUGGGUUACAACGUCCUGAACUCUUUAACUCUAUUAUAAUGCUGUCUAGUGUUUAAUCAUUCAUGUGAGAAUAUAUUUGUGACUGAAAUAACCUCUUAGCCCAGGGAAGCCAGGGAGAAAUGGGGCAAAUGAUGACGGCCUUGUUUGGAAAAGACCAAAAUGAUGACAUGGAUCAGCUGAACAUUCCGUUUGAAAGACUGACGAUUGGAAAACACAUUGGACUUGGUACGUCAAACAUUGGACAUGAUUGGUUACAAACUUGAUUGAUAAACAAACUUGAUAGCUUACAAACGUUAUUGGUUACAAAACUGUGGGUUACAAACAUGAUUGCUUACGAACUUCCUAGAGAUUUUAAAAAAAAACGAAAUUCGAUCUAUUUAAUUUUUAAAGUGUCCCUGUAUGUUAAAUGUUCGAUCUUUGAUGGUAAUUGUUAGAUUUUGAAUUGUACUUUUUUCCAGGGACAUUCGGUUGUGUGUAUGACGGUAUCCUUGACCUUGGAUCAGGCUUUUCAAGAAAAAUUGCCGUUAAAACACUGCGAGGUGAGGUCGAUAUCUAAUAAACUUUUGCUAAAACAACAUAAUGAUCAUUACACUUUACACGGAAAUGGUUGAAAAGACUAAGAACAUAAGAUUGACAGAGUCUCAUCAUGAGUUAUGUGCUGAAACCGGUGAAAGACAUGGGUUGAUAGACUUUCAAUGAAUGUUGAAAAAUAACUAUCUGCAUGUUGAUCAGUGUUACCUAAUUUUAAUUGAUUUAGGUAUUUAUAUACUAAUUAUAUAUCUUAAGGUAAUAUCACUCUCACACUUAGAAACAAUGGCGCUAUCUGGCUCGCACACUGUUAGUAUAUGGCUACUUUUCCUUUAGAUUAUUAUAUCAACACUUGUGGUUCAGGCCUCGGAUAUUACUAUUUAAUUACAAAUAAAGCGAAUCAAAUGCACACAAGAUAUUACCUAAUAUAAGAAUAGAAAGAACCACUAAGUACACUGCAUACCGCUAAUUACUAAAUACUAUGUCUGGUUAGUGCUGGGGGUAUCUUUUACCUGUCCUCAGGUUGGGCCCCCAAUCACACACACAGUAGUCUGUUUGCCCUCUCUCACACGGCCACUGCGGUACUGUGACGUAUUAAACCCAAUCACAUACACGGUAGUUUGGUUGCCCUCUCUCAAACGGCCACUUCGGUACUGUGACGUCACAAACCCAAUCACACACACGGUAGUCUGUUUGCCCUCUCUCACGAGGCCACUUCGGUACUGUGACGUCAUAAACCCAAUCACACACACGGUAGUCUGUUUGCCCCCUCUCACCCGGCCACUUCGGUACUGUGACGUCAUAAACCCAAUCACACACACGGUAGUCUGUUUGCCCCCUCUCACCCGGCCACUUCGGUACUGUGACGUCAUAAACCCAAUCACACACACGGUAGUCUGUUUGCCCUCUCUCACGCAGCCACUUCGGUACUGUGACGUCAUAAACCCAAUCACACACACGGUAGUCUGUUUGCCCUCUCUCACCCGGCCACUUCGGUACUGUGACGUCAUAAACCCAAUCACACACACAGUAGUCUGUUUGCCCUCUCUCACCCGGCCACUUCGGUACUGUGACGUCAUAAACCCAAUCACACACACAGUAGUCUGUUUGCCCUCUCUCACGCGGCCACUUCGGUACUGUGACGUCACAAACCCAAUCACGCACACGGUAGUCUGUUUGCCCUCUCUCACCCGGCCACUGCGGUACUAUGACGUCAUAAACCCAAUCACACACACAGUAGUCUGUUUGCCCUCUCUCACGCGGCCACUGCGGUACUAUGACGUCAUAAACCCAAUCACACACACAGUAGUCUGUUUGCCCUCUCUCACGCGGCCACUUCAUAGACCUAACGGCUUGAACCCAACGUCCGUCGUUUCUUGCGGGAGCCCGAAGUUAUCUCCCCUUAUAAUCCAUCUAUUCUUGAAUUUCGUAUUUCGGAUGUCAGCAUUAGUGCAGCCUUUAACUGACAGACUCCAAAUACAGUGUAAUGAGCGACUACACUACACUAGUCUAUACCACGCUAGACUAGACUGAUGAACUACACUGGACUCGACUGGCUAAAAAUUAGAACAAGGAAUGCAACACAUAAGAAAUAACUAAACAUUCGAAUCACUUCACAAAUUUAAUCAUAAGCUAACUAACAUUUCUUAAUAACAUCUUACACGUGAAUUUCUUUUAUCUGAAUCUACAAACACAUGAAAAUUAAAGAUAACAAACCUAGACAAUUAUAUGGGUGAACAAACUCAAGCACAAAAAUAUAGCCAGCCAGUCUGUGCGCCACUUACAGGCAAAAGAGGGUGAGAACUGUUGGGUCUUGCCUUCUAUAGUAUAGGGUAGCGGGAGUACGCUUCUCUAUAUGAGCCCAUUGUUUAAGUUUGGUCGCGGUCAAGGUUACUAGGUUAAUUUACAUUGUUAGGCCCAACCAAAUUGUGCAAUCUCACGUGGGGAAGGGAUGGAGAGAAGUGUGAGCCGGCAGGUCUCAAAAGCUUACAAGGUUAAUGUUUAUAACGUCAUCAAGGAUAUGUUGCUUAUUAGGGGUGUUGUGGUGGAAGGGGGAGGGGAGCUCCAUCCAUUUCAUGCAGACGACGGCUUGAUUUUUGCAGGAGGUUCAUGAUCCCCUGCCAGUUAUUUUGCUAUGAAGAAUAAACUAGUUCCCAGUCAGCUAAUGCCCCUCCCUCCCCACAAAGUUGUUGAUUUAAGUUGCCAGCUUUUUUCAAUCUCGUACCACCUACAAGACUCCGGAAGUUAACCGUAAUGGGUUGGCUCCACUUGUCUCGUAGUUCUCCUUCUCUAAGACGAGCCACCAUUAAAAGGUUGACGUGUUGAAUCCACUUGGACUUCCGGUAUUUUUAUGGUUGCCUGGGUGUCGCUGGGGUUUUGAACUCCAGUCAACAUGUUUAUGUUUUGAUACACUUGACCGUCGCCUACCUAGGCACUAACUCAAUGCUUGUUGUUACUUGAUAUCUGCUGAUCCGACAAGAAUCGUUGUUUUUUUUCAACUUGUUAGUCAGUAUUGCUUAUAAUAAUAGAUGAACUAGCUCCUGUAAUGGUUGAACAGAUCCCAUGACGUAUAAGACAGUAUUGCGUAUCCUAGCAAAUGGACUGGCUCCCGCAAUAGUUAACAGAUCCCACGACGCAUAAGAAAGUAUUGCCUGAUACUAACAGAUGAACUGGCUCCCAAAUUAUUUUAACAGAUCCCGUGACUUGUAAGACAGUGUUGUGUACGCUAACACAUGCAGUGGUUCCCGUAAUGUCUUCACAGAUCCCAUGACCACUGAUGUUGACCAAAACAGGUUCCUCAAGGAGGCACUCAUCAUGAAAGACUUCAGACAUCCCAACGUCCUGGAGAUUAUUGGUCUCACAGAAGAAAACCCGGGGGUCUAUCACGUGAUCCUCCCCUUAAUGGAGAACGGAGAUCUCUUAAGUCAUAUACGGGAUUUUAUGGUUGUACGUUGGGUGGCACGUUGUAUGUAUUUUGGGCUGUAUUUUGUUUUAUGUGUUAGUAGUUAGUUGAUACACUUUAAAAAAAAAUAGUUAGUCUGUUUAUUUGGCCAUUCAAUUCAAAAAUUUAUAUGUUUAAAAGUAGGUAUUCAUGUUUAUAAUGAAUCAAUUUUAAAUAAAUCCGUGAAAAAAAUAUCAUAUAAAAAUUAAUACUGAUGGAGAUAUUUUUUUUUCAUACUUCAGACUCUGAGCGUACAGGAUGUUGUUAACUUCGGAUGUGGAAUCGCAAGCGGCAUGUCAUAUCUGAGUUCACUCAAGUUUGUACACAGGGAUCUAGCAGCUAGGAACUGCAUGUACGUACGGCGUGAUCGUGUCACGUUUCAGUUUAUUUAAAUUGUCACGAUUCAGUUAAUAUAGGUUCUUUAAAAUUCAGUUUAUUUAACUUGUCACGAUUCAGUUAAUAUAGAUUCUUUAAAAUUCAGUUUAUUUAACUUGUCACAUUUGAGCGUAGUUAAUUUGCCACCCUUAAGUUUCGUUAACUUUUCACUUUUAAGUUUAGUUAACUCGUCACUGUUAACUUUGUUUAGGUUUGUCACCAUUCAGUUUAGUUCAACACGACAGUCUAGAAUCUAAGAGGAUUCUUACUAUUAAGUAGAGGGGUAUGGUCCUUAGUUUACAAAAGAGCCCCGUCGUGUUGUUGCUAAGGCAACCGAUUCACACUUAAUUAGGUAUAAGGCAGCAGUCAUAUAAUCCGACAAUGAGACAAGUAACACACGAUUUACAAUGAAAGAUGUGUCCGUCAUUUCUCAGGUUAGAUGAGGAUCACUGCAUAAAGAUUGCCGACUUUGGCCUGUGUCGUGACAUUUACGUGAAGGGCUAUUACAAAACCGACAACAACGUGGUGAUGCCCCUGAGGUGGAUGGCCUUGGAGAGCAUUGAGACUGGACUGUACAGCACGAAGUCGGAUGUCGUAAGUUGAAGGAACAUUCGUUUCACCAUAUGCAAGACAUCAUCGAUAGUUAUUUAUUUUGCACCAUUGUACUAUAAAUGUAAUAGUGAUAUGAGUAUUGGCAUAGGGCUAGUCCUGUUAAUUGCAUUUAUUGACACCCCUAACCUAACACAUGACUUCCUUCUAACUUUUUUUUUCCUCUCUUUCCAACAGUUUUGAUGUUGUUUUUUUUAAACACAACUAAUUUUUUUUAGAGUUUUUCCUUGCAUUCUAUAAUACCAGUCUCUUAAGGUAUAUUUUGCUUGUGGUGUAUCUUACUGCCUUUACACAAUCGGCCUUGCCCCUACUCAACAUGUUUAAUAUUAAUAUAAUUGAGUGAAAAAAAAGCUGUCACGCAGCCAGCGUCAUGCCUGCCCGUUGGGUAAAGAGGUUGAUUUUUUUUUUGGUCAUCUUAAGAGGGAGGGUAUGGUGUAGGACUGUCUGCUGCACUGUUUGUAGGCCUAUUGUAUAAAGGCCAGCAGGUAGGGUGUAACACUGUCUGUAAGCCUAUUGUUUAAGAGCCGACAAAUAUUAUAGAAAGUUAGAAGUUAAGCCUUUUUUUUAAACACUUGGACCCGCCGUGUAUUUUCUGGACUGAAAAAAAAAAUGUGCACCUGGUUAAGCUCUGUUAUUUAAAUAUAAUUCUGUGAGUAUCUUUCAACCCAAUCUUCCAGUGGUCGUUCGGCGUUGUGCUAUGGGAGAUGCUGACACGGGGGAUGACUCCGUACCCUUGCGUCGAUGACAUGGACAUCGUGAGGUUCUUACAAGAUAGCAGACUAGCCGCCCCUUACUUCUGCCCUGAUUCUCUGUAA